GCGGCGAGGAGACGCUGCGAGUAAGAUCUCCCAUUAAAAAAAGUGAAUAGGGAGGAAAAGCGGCAGGUCCCAGUGAGAACUGAGACAGGGAAGAUAAACGGACGACUCCAGCAAACUGCCCAAAGAAGAAAGUUGCCAUAAAAGAGGACGAGAAGGGAGGGAAGCGCAGAACCCUGCUCCCCUCCCCCGCCCACAGAGGCGGCACUCUCCGACCGGCAGAGAGGAGGAAACAACAAACCAAAAAGCCCAACAAGAAAAACGGAUGCAGCAAGUGGGACUGUGAGUGGAAAGGAACUAUUUCAGCCACCACACCCCGUGAACGGGAGCUGAGGCGAACCCUGCAGGAUCCGCAGCAGAGGUGAGCUCCAGGCGCCAGUAAAGAGAGCCCCGCCCACCAGGAGGAGACCAGCACCAGCACACAGCCCCGGCCGCCCGUAGGUAAACUCUGAAGGGUUUACCUUCAGAAGAGAAGCAGCAUGUCUACUAGAGAAGAAGCCGAGGCAACAGAGGGAGAGGCUUCUGAAGGUGUGAACUUAAGCAUGACUCCAGCACAAGCCCCCAGGAAAGGCUGUUGCUCAGUCCGAUAUGGGCUGGCUUUCAUCUUGCUUCUCUGUCACUCUUCAGUGAGCACACAACAAACGAAUUUGAGCAUCGCCAUGCCAGCGAUGGUAAACAACACGGCCCUGACCAGCCAACCCAAUGCCUCCACACAAGGGCCUCCCUCUGACGGCCUGAACAACAGGAAUGAAACUCCACAGGAACUCAAGGCAGUGGCCCCUGUGUAUGACUGGAAUCCUGAGAUCCAGGGAAUCAUCCUCAGCGCAUUCAACUAUGGCACAUUCUUGGCUCCAAUCCCUAGUGGCUAUGUGGCUGGAAUAUUUGGUGCCAAGUACCUGGUUGGUGCUGGCUUGGUCAUUUCCUCAGUCCUGACCCUCUUCUGUCCACUGGCAGCUGAUACUGGGGUGACCUUGCUCGUUGUCCUUCGGGUUGUCCAAGGCAUAGCCCAGACCAUGGUAUUAACAGGUCAGUUUUCAAUUUGGGUCAAAUGGGCUCCCCCAGUGGAAAGGAGUCAGCUCAUCGCCAUUGCUCGAUCAGGAGUAAUGCUGGGAAGCUUCGUCAUCCUCUCUGUCGGAGGCCUCCUCUGCGACACCAUAGGAUGGCCUUAUGUCUUCUAUAUCUUUGGUGGAAUAGGCUGUGCCUGUUCUUUGCUCUGGUUUCUUCUCGUCUAUGAGGACCCUGUGAAUCAUCCAUUUAUCAGCACUGGUGAGAAGGAAUACAUCGUGGCUUCCCUGGCUGAACAGGGCAGUUCUCCAGGCUGGUCUGUUCCCAUUAAGGCUAUGAUCAAAUCCCUGCCACUGUGGGCCAUUUUUGUGUCUGCAUUCUGCAUAUACUGGCGAAAUCAUAUCAUGAUGGCAUACAUGCCAACAUAUAUCAACACUGUACUGCAAGCUAACUUCAGAAAUAGUGGGAUCAUGUCAGCUCUGCCGGUAUGUGUUGCCUUUCCCACCUUUAUCCUUGGAGGUCAACUCGUUGGUUUUCUCCACUCCAGAGAAAUCCUUAGACUCAAUACUAUCAGGAAACUCUUUACUACCUUAGGGGUUCUCAUCCCAAGUGGACUCCACCUGCUCCUGACCUGGGUGAGAUCCAGCCAAAGCACCCUUGGCAUCUUGGCAGUGUCUUCCAGCUUCCGCACCUUGUGUGAACUAGGAGUUUUUCUCAACAUGGUGGAUAUUGCUCCUCGGUACAGUGCCUUUCUCAAGGGACUAUCGCAAGUAUAUGCUUCCUUAGCUGGAGCCAUCUCUACCACCGUAACUGGCUAUUUCAUAAAUCAGGACUCUGAGCAUGCCUGGAGAAACAUCUUCUUCGUUGCAGCUGCUGUGGACAUAGCAGGCCUGGUCUUCUACCUCAUCCUGGGAAGAGCCGAAGUCCAAGACUGGGCGUAGGGUCGACAUUCACCCAUUUCUGAGCAACCACCUGGUGACACCUCAUAUCCUGGUGAUUAGUUGUGCCUCACCUGCCUCAUGGAACCUUCCCAGUCCACACCUGUGUGAUGGGCUAGCAUCCAACUCAACUGACUUGCCUCCAGUAUCUUGUCAGGGAACUUGGCAGUGUAAAACUGGGAGUGCUCCCUGGCUAUUUACAAGCGGGGUGGGGGAGAGCCUAGUUAUUUAACUCUGGGUGCCUGAAAACAUAGGCGUAUCUGAAUUUCCAUGCCUUAUGUAACAACAGGCAGGGAUGAACCAAGAGAAUAUGCUUAGUGAAACAGUAAGAAAAGAAAGAGCAUAAGAUUUCACUCACAGGUGGUGCAUGAAGAAACCAAAACAAAUAAACUAAAUAAAACAAAAAAACAGAGACCACAUAGUAGUAGUAACCAGAACUGAAGGGGCCAUAUGUAAAAGCUGGAGUUAGACCUUUAGUGGGGAUAGGUGGUCUGUGCAGUUGUUGAUUUACAUAAAUGUAUACUGAAACCUAUAAUAUGAUAAGCCUAUGUUAUGUCAAUUACACAAAAAAAGUGGGAAACACAAUUUUGGCUGCAGAAAAAGGUCUGUGUGCAACUGUAUCAUCUUCAGUAGACAGGACAGGGGUCUCAUGUUCCCGUGCACGUUGAUGCAGUAAGUUAUAUCUCGGAAUGAGUAUUUUCAAUGAUCUAAUCAAUCAAGAAUGUAAGAUUGUUACUUAAAUCAAACACAGGAAUUUUUGUUACCUGAGAGUGCUUUGAAAGUGGAGGUAGGGACAAAAUCAGACUUUCCAUCUUUUCUUCGCUGAACUGGUUCAAAUGUAUGUACAAGUUGUCAUCUGCUGAGCAAUUCUGUGUAGUGUUUUCAGGGAAAGUCUGGAACAAAGUCAAGGUAAGCUGCUUCACAGCACAAGUGGAUUAAGGCCCCCAGAGUUCCCUGGGGAUAGUUUGGAUAUUGAAUCUAUGUUAACUACUUGAUAUUGAUGGUUGCUUUGUGGUUAUGUAGGAGAAUGACCUCUUUCAAAGAAAACAUUGCAAAAGUGUUUACUGGAGGACUAGAUGAUGGUACUGGACAUCAUGCCAGCAGCUCAUCCUUGUGGUUAAGCAAAAGUCCUUUUUACCUAUUGUGCAACUGUUCUGUAUUGGGGAUAUUUUGAAAUGAACCAAU